AAUUCCUAAAAUAAUUUCACAUUCAUCAAGUAGAGUUUAUCCAUUCAAGAUGUAGCUGUUUCCCCAAGCUUCCAUUUCUGUUUAGUUUUCCUUCCACGGUGCUGAAAUAUUGCAUUUUUACCCCAAGAAUUCAUGUCUGCAUUGAUCUGCAUUCCAUUAAUCAUGUUUAAAUCAUUAAACGGAAUAGUGAAGACAUUAUACUUGAUGGUGGGACUGGGAGCGGGGAAAGGAAGAACAGAGAAAUAAAUGAAUCCCCCACUCAGUGUGUGCGUGUUUAUGUGCGUGCGUGUGUGUGUGUGUGUGUGUGUGAGAGAGAGAGAGAGAGAGAUAUAUCUUGUUUACUUUUUCAAUGAAUUAAUUUCACUUUUUCCUAAUGUCCCUUGGCUAAGGAGAGGCUUUUCUGCCCAGGCAGGCAGUCCACGAAUCCACACAAGCACUGAAACACUCUGUAGCCUGCAGACCAGCACCUGCAGCAUUGGAGUGGGCAUCCUAAACACUAGGGCUGCCUCCCGAGGGACAGAGCCCUGCUCCGUGCUACUGUGUGCAUUGUAUGUAGUUCAGGGCAUUGGUCAACUAGAGCAUGUGCUAUUUCGUUAGGUAAAUGGAAAUUUUUUUCCAUCUCUCUUUCCUUUGGAUAUACAAUUUGCAGUGAGUGAGUUUGCUGUUCCCGGUCCUUCCCAUCACUUUGAGGGAUCCAGAUGGAAUCCCCCAGCUGCACCCCAUGGUAUAUUUCUCCUCACCUGUUGUCUGUCUGUGGUUUUAUCUGUGAAGAUUAUUGCUACAAAGUGACCAGUCAGAACCAUCCCUGCUGACCCCCGGAAUUCCUGCAGAACAGCCUUGUAGACAAGGUAUGGGCUAUUGAGUUCCUUGGGUAUGGUACUUGUACCCCUCUCUCUAUGUGUAUUCUUGGGCUCUUGUCCUUAGAAUUACUCUCUGCACAUUCGGCCAUUCCCAUGGUGCUGAUGACUGGGCAGAUCAAUCCCUCAGCCUGGGCCUCUUCUGGAGACUGAUGAUACCCCUAGAUCCCGCUGUCCCACACAUGGCCGGCCACCAGAACCAUGUCUAAGAGCCGCUCCACUUCCUCCCAUCAGCCCAUCAUUUCCACCUGUGUCACCCGCUGUGCUCAUCCUCUCCCUCACUGCCCUCUGCCACUGCGUUGGGUGCUUGCAAAUGCUGCAGCCGCUUGUGUUCUUUGCUCUCAAUUCUGCAGCUGCCCCCAUGCCAGGCUCUGCCUUCAGCCUCUUUGCACACAGCUUUCAGAGUUUGUGGGCUGCCCCCAGAACUCCCUCACUCAGCCCCCUUUAGGCAGAACCCACACACCCAUCUACUCCAGGGGCUGCCAUGAGAUCUCUUCCAUGUGCAUCCAACAUGGAAGCCCCUGCCUGGCUGCCUGGGGGCCUGGGCUGAGGGUGGGGGGCGGGGGGCCUGCAGUAGCACCUCAGCCUCUGCACUGCACUCCACACACACUGCCUGCUCUGUGCUGGUGCCCACAGGCCAGCGGCCUUCAUGGGGUGAAGAAGGAGGACGUCCCUCCAUUUUCUGUCCAUCCUGAGUGCCAGCGCUGACCCAAGAUCCUGGCAACCCCACAGUUCAUCCAGGGUCCACAUGAAGGUCCUAAUGCCCACUGGGUAAGGAUCGCAUUUAAUUAUGGUUCAGCAUUGACCAUUUGGAUAACCUUGAACCAGGGAGUACCAGUCAUUGGGGUACUAUAGACUGAAUAUUUGUGUCCCUCUCAACCUAACCCCCAAGAUGAUGGGAUUGGGAAGUGAGCCCUUAGGGAGGUGAUAAGGUCAUGUGGAAUGGGAUUAGUGCCCUUAUAAGAGAGGCCUGAGAGAGACCCCUUGCCAAAAGGUUGUCGUGAGGAUGCAGGGAGAAGUCACCGUGUAUGAACCAGGAGCAGGGCCCUGGUCAGACUUACUCUGCCAGCACCUGAUCUUGGAAUCCCCAGCCUCCAGAACCAUGAGAAAUGAAUGCCUGUUGUUUAUGAGCAACCCAGUUUAUGGUAUCACAUUACAGCUGUCCAAAUGCACUGAGCUAGGGGGCAGGUGGCCUUGUAACAAAAUGCUCCAUUUUACAAAAGGAUUAAUGAUAGGAACCUAUUAGAUAACAAGCCUCCCUAGUAUGCGUUUAAAGCCCAAUUUCACUUACUAGCGAAUGCCCACUUUCAGGGACAAACUAACAUAAACAGUUCAGCUCACAUCCCUGAGGAGUGUUGUAAGGACCCCCGGUUCCUUCAGACCCUGGCAGUCACAGUGCACUGCAAAGCUGUUAACACACAGGCAUGCACUGUUUUCCUCAGUAUUCCUAAGUGUUGGGGUCUUUGCCUUUAAUUGGGUUGUAGCUUUAGUAGAGGAAGGCAGGUCUCCACUGAAUUGGGAUGUUCCUGUCCCCACAUACCUGAGGCUGAAUGCAAGGAAAGGUGAACCUUAUUAGGACAGGGCAGCUGCCACUUCUUACCAAGGAAGGAGAGAGUGGGGAGGGGCCACGUGCUGUCAGAUCUCUAGUCACACCACAGGCUGCAGGCAGCCCCUGUCCCUUGCUCCCACUCUCCCCACAGAUUCUGGCAGCCACCAUCCAGGAGAUACGCUGAGCAAGAAGACUCAACCAGAAAGUCACACCAAGAGCUUGGCCCUUCGGAGCAUUCCCGCAAAGCCCGAGUGGUUAGGAAGUACAUAUGUCGCUAUCUGGAAGUCCCACACUGGAAGUAUUAUGUGGAAUAAGCUUAAGACACAGCCAGGCCAUUAGCCAGGCCAUUUGCCAGGCCCUACUGGGAGCGGCACCAGGUGCUAAGAGGACCUGGCCUGGGGCAGCUGUCAGGGGCAGCCCGAAGCAUAGGCCCAGAAUGCACCUCCCCUCUCCCUGCAUAAUGACGGGGCGCUUCUGCAGUGUGUGGACAGGUGCAGGUGGCUGCGUGGCAGUGGCACUCUGUCCCUGCACGGCGACCGGGUGCUUCUGCAGUGUGUGGACAGGUGCAGGUGGCUGCGUGGCAGUGGCACUCUGUCCUUGUACUCUUCCCUGUGUGUCUUUCCCUGGAAAUGUUCAUCAGUUGUGUGUGUGUGUGUGUGUGUGUGUGUGUGUGUUUUAACCUCAGAUAUUAAUUUGGUGACUUCUGGACUGAAAUUAAGCUUUGAAUGCACUGCUGCUGGAAAUCAAACAUGAAUUUGAGAAAUCAAGCCUCUCCCCUGGGUGUGGCUUGGCUUUUCCAGUCCCAGGUUCAGCUGAUUUAGAGCCUGUCCUGAGGGAUACACUCACAUUCUUCCCUUUCUCACCUCCCGCCCCUGCUGCUUUGCCCAUGUCUACACUCAUUCCUUCUGGCGUCCAGGAGCAAAUCUUUUCCCCUUAAACUACAAGCCCAUUCAGUAGGACUGGGUUAGGAGAGUAGUAUCCUCUGUGGGGAAAACAGAUCACGUUUUGUUGCUUAAAAAAUUCGGCUUCAAAGACUAUUUUCCUCCUAGAUAUCUGCACAGUUGAUCUUCAAGCUUUUGCACAAAUGUCAUCUCAAUGAAUCUCUUCAAUUUUACAGCCCACUCUCCAGACACCCUGUCCUGCCCAGCAAGCCAGGUCUUCUGUUGUAGUCACAGCACUUAUAGACUCAUAACCUAUUGUUUAAUUUACUUGUUUUUUUCUCUGUUCUUAUUGGAGUAUAAACUCUACAAAGGCAGAGGUUUUCAUCCACUGUUGUGUGCUGAGCACCUAAAAUAAUCCUCAUUACAUAAUUAUUCAUUGAAUGAAUGAAUAUGUGGCUUUUGUUAUUUUUAAAUGAAUCUGCAGUGUUGGUCUUAAAACUGCCUUGGGUCCAUAUAUUUUGGCAUUUUAUUUUCUUAAGCAGCUGAGUCUUUCAGAAAGCGAAUAAAGAUGAUUAGUGUAGUCAAAGUGAAACUCUAUAAAACUUUGGAAUGGGUAAGUGUUGAAGAGGGGGAGGUGUGUGUGUGUGUGUGUGUGUAAAUGCACGGACAUGUGAGCAUACACACGUGCAUGCAUAGGUCAGAGGAGAGGAUAAUGUAUUUGGGUGUGAUGUUGUGUCUCUUUUUACAGUAGUAUCACCUUUUUUUUUUUUUUUUUUACUAUCUUUUCAAUCAAAACUGUUCCACCGAGAAGGCAUUGGGUUGUCUUUGCCUGAUGAGAUGGCCUGACCCCCACGAGAAGGCCACGACAAUGUCACAAUCCACUUAGGUGGUCUGUGGAUCCCCCUGGGUCGUUGACUCUUAAUUUUAAAAGACAAGUGUUAUAAGCUUUUGCUGUUAUGGUGAAAAUAUAUCUUCCUUUCCUAAAUUAAGGGGAAACUUAAAUGGCUGAUAGUAUUUCCCAGACAACAGGGAUCAUGUUUGAAGCCUUGAUAAAAAGUGUGCAGAAAAAUCUCUGGAUGUGGCACGGAAACUGAUGUUGCUGUAAUCAGCAACUAGCAGUAAGUAUCUGAGAUCCCUCUCCGGAGAUGCACCUGACUGCGUUUAUGUGCCUGAUGCUAACAUGUCCUCAUUAACAGAGUGUGCUGGAGCUGGAGCUGGAGCUUUAUUUCAGAGUGGCAAGUUCAAGCCAGAAUGUUUUAUGGCAGUCAGAUAGUCAUUCACUUUCCUUCUGGGCUGGUCUUUCAAAGUUUUCUUUUUCUCCUCCAUAGAGGACAGUAUUUUCCAAGGUGUUCAGAUGUUUUGGUGAUAAGAUAUUUUAAAGCAGUCUAAAGCAUCACGAAGAGCCGGCAGGAGGCCCCUAGGUGCAAGGCACAGGGUGAUCGCAGGACUGGUUACGGAGCUGUCCCUGGGCUGACUCUGACUCACCUGGCAGUGGGCAGCCUGCUUCAGCCCGUUCCUGGGCUGCAGAGAGCACCUUGCUCAUCGGAAUUUGCUGCUGUCCCAUGGUUUUUUGUAUGGCCUGGGAAACCACUGAGCAGCCCUCAACUCCAGAAUGCAUUUCCAUGGAGCUCAACUGGGAGGAUUUUAUUUGGGGAAGAAAAGAACCCUCUCAUAAUGCAUGGCUGUGUGGCUGCUCUGGGCAUGUCUUCAGAUAGCCGGGUUUUUACUUUUUACCCACUGUGCCAUUAGCUUCAUUUCAAUGACUGAUAAAGUGUUCUUCUUGACAAUUAAACAGUGCGUUUGCUGAUAAUUAUUUCUUUUUGUUGUCAAUUUUAAAGGUGCUGGUCAACAGAUUGUGAGUCGAUUAUAAAUUGCCUCUCCCAACCUCCCACUAUCUCAUUCACUAUUUGUAUGGCAUGUUAAGAUGUUUUGAGGAGUGGAGCAUUUACAUAGCAUCUGUUGAUCGACUGCAAAUGUGUGUGUGUAUUUCAUAUAUUUAAACCCAUCAAAGACUCCAGCAUCCAGCUUGCUGUUCUCACAUUUCAGAUGAAAAACUGAAACACAAAGAUUAACAAAGUCCCCUAAAUUUAUAUAGAUGGUUAAUAGUGGAAGCUGGGAUUAAACUGGUCUUACAGAUUACAUGUUUGUAUCCCCUCCCCCAAAUUCAUAUGUUGAAAUCCUAACUCCUAAGGUGAUGAUAUUAGGAGGUGAUACCUUUGGGAAGUGAUUAGGUCACGAGGGUGUAUCCCUCAUGAAUGAGAUUAGUGCCCUCAUAACGGGGACCCCAGACAUUCCAUUGCCCCUUCUACCAUGUGAGGAUGGGGAGAAGGCACCAUCUAUAAAGGGGUAGCAGGCCCUUAUCAGACAUGGAAUCUGCAGGCACCUUGAUGUUGGACUUCUACCCUCCAGAACUGUGAGAAAUUGUCAGUAGGAUACAUAUUCAAUGGUAUUUUUGUUAUAGCAGCCUGAACUAACUAGACUAACUGUGGAAGAUGUCACUUCACAAGAUAAUGAAUUCUGUCAAAGGACAUAUCACUCAUCUUAGCAAAUGUCAAUAUGUAAAUGUUUUAUAUAAACAAAACUCCAUCUUCAGUUUCCUGCAUUUUGUCAUUUAAAUGGAGUACAUGCUAAAUAAUAAUCGUUCAUUAAAUGUUUCUAGAAUUUAUAUUCAUAUAUACAGAUAUAUAGAUAGGCUUAUAUCUACAUAUUAAAAUAUACAUAUCUGUAAUUAUAUUAGCCAGGUAAUAUCGAGUAACCAGUAAAAUCAGCUAAAAAUUGAAAAUAGUACAGAAAAACACCACUUUCAACAUUGUUAAUAUGAAACAAAGUGUUUUUGUAGCAUUACUUGACACUAUAUACGAACUUCUUUAAUACAUUGCAAAUUAACAGGUAAAAAUGGUUGUACAUAUUAACCACAAUUAGAAUUUAAGAUAGCACAUCUAGAUAUAUUUGGGCUUAUAAAGUAUAUUGUAGGUGCUAUUUGAACUUCAUAUAUGUGUAAUAUACAUAAAAGGAAUAUAUUUUUCUUUUUAAGAGUUUGUUUUUAUGUGCUUUUAUUUCAAAAAGUAAACUUUGCUGCACAUUGAAAUCAGCUGGGGGGCUUUCAGAUGUCCUAGUGUAUGGCUGUCAGUCCCAGUUAUUCUGAUUGAAUAAGGUUUAAUCUGUGUAUUGGGAUUUUACCAAGCUACCUAAGUAAUUCUAAUGUGCAGCAAACUUUGGGAAUCCCUGGUGUAUGCAGUGCAUGAAGAAUCAUCAGAUUUAGUGUCUGUGUAUGCCCCACAACUCAUCAUUUUUUUUCAUUUAUUCCUUUACUUACUGUACCCUUGCCAACUAUCUGUCAGGGAUUAUGCAAAUGCUAGGCACAUAGAGGUGAAUGAAAAAGGCAUAGCAUUGCCCUCCUGCGGUUUUAGUCUAUCAGAGAGAUAUAAACAGUUUACAGGUAAAUAAAUCAACACUCUAAAAUAUUUUUUAAAGAUUGUGGAAAGUGAGAAGGAGGUCAUGAACAAGAAGCUGUUAGGGAGAAUAAAUAUAGGUCCAGGCAGCAAGACAACAUGGAUGAACACUACAAGUCAGGAAGGAGUUUGGCAGGCUCUAAGGCCAAACAGAAGGCUGAAGUGUCCCAUGGGAGAGGCUGAAGAGGUUGGAGAGGGGUGUUUUGCAGGGGCUUUGAAGCCAUGCUAGUGACUUUGGACUUAGACUUCAAACAUUGUGAUGCUGUUGGUUAUUUUAGGCCAGGGGGCUGGGGUCAGAGUGGAGGUGGAGAUGGAGAUAAGGUUCUAGUUAACCAUUUUAAAAGUUCUUUGUGGUGGCUGUUGCAUUCAUUCAAGUAAGGGAUGAUAGUAACCUGGAGAAGAGUGGUGUAGUAGAAGUGCAUUCAUGAUGUAUUUGGAGGAACCCACUGGCGUCACUGGUGAAUUGCAUACGUGAUGCGAGGAAGAGAAAGGAAUCAAGGACAAUUCCAAGCAUUUGACCUAAGCAAUCAUGUAAAUGUUGAUGUCAUUUGGUGGGAAGGGAGAUGGUUCAUGGGCUGUUGCCAGUGGAUGUGGAUUUGGAAGUAAAGUCAGUAUUUCUAUCUGGCAUAUUAAGCUUGAGAUGCCAGAUAGACAUCUAAAUGGAGCUGACAGAUAGUCCAAUAAACCAGUACCCAUACCAAGAAACAGAACAUAAGCAGUUGGACAGAAACGUUCUUCUUCCUCUUUCAGUAUCUACCCUUCUGUGACCUUGUUAAACUCAAGUGUUGGUUCUAGUAAUUUUUCUGUAGAUUUUUUAUAAUUUUCUAAAAAACUCAUCUGUGAGUAAAGUCAGUUGAGAUUUAUUUCCUUCCAAUAUGUAUGCCUUUAAUUUGUUGUUCUUAUUUCAUUGGCCAGAGCCUCUGGUACAAUGUGGACCAUGAGGGGCAAGCGCAGGGGAUCCUUGCCUUGCUCUUGAUUGUAGGUGUAGAGCAUGCACACUUGCAUCGUCAAGUCUGAUGUAGGCUGUCAGUUUUCAAAGAUGCCCUUUGUCAGGUUGAGGGAGUCCUUUUAUAUUCUUAAUCUGUUGAGAAUUUUUUAUGAAUAGAUGGUAGAUUUUGUCAAAGGCUUUCCUGUAUGUUCUAUAUCUAGUGAGAUUAUUAUUUGGCGUUUUCAUUUAUUCUGUUAACAUAAUAUCAUUAUUUUCUAAUGUUAAACCAACCUUCCAUUACUGGAAUAAAUCCAAAUUGGUCAUGGUGUAUCUUUUUAAAUAUGUUGCUGAAUUUGGUUUGCUCAUAUUUUGUUAAGACCAUUUAUGUCUGUGUUCAUGAAGGAUAUUGGCCUAUAGUUUCUUUUCUUUGUCUGACUUUGAUAUCAGACUAAAGCUAACUCCACAGAAUAAGUUGAGCGGUGUUCCCUCCUCCAGUAUUUUAUGAAAGCAUUUGUGAAGGAUUAAUAUACUUUCUUUAAGUCCUUGGUAGAAUACACCAGUGACACCAUUUCAGGGUGGACUUGACUUUGUGGGAAGAGUAUUAUUACCAGCUUAAUUCCUUUGCUUGUUAUUGAUUUAUUCAGAUUUUCUACUUUCUUAUUGGAUAAUCUUUGAUAAUUUGUAUAUUUGUAAGAAUUUGUCCACUUAAUGUGAGUUUUCUGACUUUUUUACAUAAAGUAGUUCAUAUUCCCAUAUAAUUAAUACUCUUGGUGUCUGUAGUUUUGAUAGCAAUAUCCCCCCUUUCAUUCAUGAUUUUUGUGAUUUCUGUACUCUCUUGAAUUAUUGGUAAUCUGACUAAGGGUUUGUCAGUUUUGUUAAUAUUUCCAAAGAGCCAACAUUCGAUAUUUUAUUUUUCUGUUUUCUGUUCUGGUCUUCGUUGUUUUCAUUAUUCUGCUUUUGUGUUUAGCUUGCUUUUUUUUUCUAGUUUCUUAAGGUGGAUGCUUAGCUUAUUAAUUUCAUACCUGUCUUUUCUAAUAUAGUUACAUUUUUAAUUUUAUUUUUUGAAUUGGCAUACCGCAAAAUUGACUUUUUGUUGUAUAGUUCUGAGUUUAACACACUUAUAGAUUUUAUUUAACCACUAUCACAAUCAGUGUGUGGAACAAUUUCAUCACCUGGCAAAACCCCCAAGCGGCCCGUUUGCAGUCAGCCCUUCCUUUGCUCCUAACUAACCCCUGGCAACCACUAAUCUUUUCUCUGUCCCUAUAGUUUUGCUAUUUUCAGGGUGUCAUAAAAAUGGAAUCAUAUGCUAUGUAUUAUGUUUGGACUGGCAUCCUUCACUCAGCAUAGCAGAUUUGAGAUUUAUCCUUGUUGUGUGAAAUCAAUAGUUCAUUCCUUUUUAUUGCUGAAAAGUAUGUCAUUGUGUGGAUGCACCACAGUUUGUUUAUUCAUUCACACUGUGAAGGAUAUUUGGGAGGUUCUAGUUUGGGAUUAUAACAAAUAAAGUGGCUAUGAAUAUUUGUGAACAGGCAUUUGGGAAAACUAAGUUUUCAUUUCCCUAGAAUAAGUAUCUAGGAAUGAGAUUGCUGUGUCAUGCAUAAGUAUAUGUUUAAUUUUAUUUAAAAACUGCCCAACUAUAUUCCAGGUAAUUUUUGCUUCAUGUAAUUUGAAGCUCUGUUGUUAGGUGCAUACACAUUUGGGAUUGUUUUUUCUUUUUGAUGAAUUGAACCUUUUAUCAUUACAUAUUAUCUCUCAUAAUCCUUGGAAUUUCCCUUGCUGUAGUCUACUGUAUCUGAUGACAAUAUAUCUGAUGUUAAUAGAACUACUAUAGCUUUGUUUCCAUUAAUGUUUUCAUGACAUAUCUUAGACCAUCAUUUACUUUUGACCUACUUAUUUUGUUGAACUUAAAGUGGAUUUCAUAGAGAAAGCAUCUUGUUGAGUCUUAUUUCUAAAUUCAUUCUAAUAAUCGAUGUCUAUUAAUUGGUAUAUUUCAGCCCUUUGCAUUUAAUUAUCGAUUUGUUUGUACUUAGGUGGACAGCUUUUUGUUAUUUGUUUAGUGUUUGUUCUUUCAUUUUUGUACCUGUUUCCCCUUUCCUGUCUAUCUUUGGGAUGCUUGAAUUUUUUUAGUAUUCUAUUUUAACUUUUGUGUUUUUAUAUUCUCUUUGUAUACUUUUUGGUGAUUGCUCUAGAGAUUACAAUAUUCGUACUUAUUUUUUCACAGUCUGUGUAGAACAACAUUUAACUACUUAAUAUGGAAUCUAGAAACCUUACCACCAUAUAGGUCCCUUUACUUCACCCCCUUUGUGUUGUAGGUGUCUUAUGUAUUACAUCUGCAGACACUGAAAAUGCCACCAGUGUUAUCACUUUUUUUUUUUUUUUUUUGAGAUGGGGUCUCUGUCACCUAGGCUGGAGUGCAGUGGAACGAUCUCGGCUCACUGCAACCUCUGCCUCCAGACUCAAGUGAGUCUCCCACCUCAGCCUUCCGAGUAGCUAGGACCACAGGCAUGUGCCACCAUGCCCAGCUAAUUUUUGUAUUUUUGGUAGAGACAGGGUUUCAUCAAGUUGCCCAGGCUGGUCUCAAACUCCUGAGCUCAAGCGAUCCACCUGGCUUGGCCUCCCCAAGUGCUAGGGUUACAGGCAUAAGCCACCGUGCCUGGCAUCACUUUUAGUUUAUAGAUAUUCUAUAGAAAUUAUGAGGCCAAACCGCGCAGCCCUCUAUGCUAUACAAGUCGGUGGCAGGGCCAAUGGUUGUGCCGAGACUCGCCACUGCCCGGGCUGCUGGGCCUGAGUGUCGCCUACACCGCCAUGGAUGCCACCGGGCGCUGACAGACCUACGGAGAGUCGGGCUGUGACUCCCGAGCCUUAUCGGGCCACCAAGCUGUGGAAUGAGGUUACCACAUCUUUUCGAGCAGGAAUGCCUCUAAGAAAACACGGACAACACUUUAAAAAAUAUGGCAAUUGUUUCACAGCAGGAGAAGCAGUGGAUUGGCUUUAUGACCUAUUAAGAAAUAGUAGCAAUUUUGGUCCUGAAGUUACAAGGCAACAGACUAUCCAACUGUUGAGGAAAUUUCUUAAGAAUCAUAUAAUUGAAGAUAUCAAAGGGAGGUGGGGAUCAGAAAACGUUGAUGAUAACAACCAGCUCUUCAGAUUUCCUGCAACUUCGCCACUUAAAACUCUACCACGAAGGCAUCCAGAAUUGAGAAAAAACAGCAUACAGAACUCUUCCAAACAUAAAGACAGUAUUUUUAAAUUACGAAACUCAUCUUGUAGAACUCCUAAAAAGCAUGGAUUACAUUUAUCUCAGGAAAGUGCCGAGAAAAUAAAGCAUGAAAUAAUAAAUGAAGAUCAAGAAAAUGCCGUUGAUGAUAGAGAACUAAGCCAGGAAGACAUUGAAGAAGUUUGGAGAUAUGUUAUUCUGAUCUACCUGCAAACUAUUUUAGGUGUGCCAUCCCUAGAAGAAGCCAUAAAUCCAAAACAAAUAAUUCCCCAAUAUAUAAUGUACAACAUGGCCAAUACAAGUAAACAUGGAGUAGUUAUACUACAAAAUAAAUGAUGGGUAUUAUCUGGCAUGAAGUGCCUAGCAAAUUGGCCAAGAAGCAAUGAUAUGAAUAAUCCAACUCAUGUUGGAUUUGGAUGACAUGUAUUCAGAACAAUCACAGAUUAUUUUCUAGAUCUCCCUGAACCUCAACUUACUUUUGAAUGUUACAAAUUAUUUGUGAACAUUUUGGGUUUGCUGCAACCUCAUUUAGAGAGGGUUGCCAUCAAUGCUCUACAGUUAUGUUGUUUGUUACUUCCCCCACCAAAUCAUAGAAAGCUUCAGCUUUUAAUGUGUAUGAUUUCCCGAAUGAGUCAAAAUGUUGAUAUGCCCAAACUUCAUGAUGCAAUGGGUGCGAGAUCACUGUUGAUACAUACCUUUUCUCAAUGUGUGUUAUGCUGUGCUGAAGAAGUGGAUCUUGAUGAGCUUCUUGCUGGAAGAUUAGUUUCUUUCUUAAUGGAUCAUGAUCAGGAAAUUCUUCAAGUACCCUCUUACUUACAGACUGCAGUGGAAAAACAUCUCGACUACUUAAAAAAGGGACAUAUUGAAAAUCCUGGAGAUGGACUAUUUGCUCCUUUGCCAACUUACUCAUACUGUAAGCAGAUUAGUGCUCAGGAGUUUGAUGAGCAAAAAAUUUCUACCUCACAAGCUGCAAUUGCAAAACUUUUAGAAAAUAUUGUUAAAAACAGGAGUUUACCUCUAAAGGAGAAAAGAAAAAAACUAAAACGGUUUCAGAAGGAAUAUCCUUCGAUAUAUCAGAAAAGAUUUCCAACCACGGAGAGUGAAGCAGCACUUUUUGGUGACAAACCUACAAUCAAGCAACCAAUGCUGAUUUUAAGAAAACCAAAGUUCCGUAGUCUAAGAUACUAGCUGAAUUAAAAAUUAUGUAAUACUUGUGGAACUUUGAUAAAUGAAGCCAUAUCUGAGACUACUCAAAAGGAAGUCUGUCAUUAAUAAGGUAUUUCUAAAUAAACACAUUAUGUAAGGUAGUGCCAAAAUAGAUGUUUAUCAAUGUGAGACUCCUAGGAAACUAACUAGAUCUCAAUUGAGAGCACAUAACAUAUACUUUUUGUUUUUAACACAGCUAUCCAGUAAGGCUGUCAUGAUGUGUGCUAAAAUUUUAUUUACUUGAAUUUUGAAAACUGAGCUCUGUUAGGGACUAAACUAUAAUUCUGUUUUUAAAAGAAAAUUUAUCUGCAAAUGUGCAAGUUCUGAGAUAUUAGCUAAUGAAUUAGUUGUUUGGGGUUACUUCUUUGUUUCUAAGUAUAAGAAUGUGAAGAAUAUUUGAAAACAAUGAAAUAAUUCUCAGCUCCCAAAUGUUGCACUCUUUUAUAUAUUCUUUUUCCACUUUUGAUCUAUUUAUAUAUAUGUAUGUGUUUUUAAAAUAUGUAUAUAUUUUAUCAGAUUUGGUUUUGCCUUAAAUAUUAUCCCCAACUGCUUCAGUCAUUCAUUUGUUCAAUAUAUAUAUUUUGAAUUCUAAUUUUCAUAAUCUAUUAGAAGAUGGGGAUGUAAAAGAAGUAUAAGGCAAUCAUAUAUUCAUUCAAAAGAUAUUUAUUUAGCAACUGCUAUGUGCCUUUCAUUAUUCCAGAUAUGCGGAGACAAUGAUAAAUAAAACAUAUAAUCUCUUCCAUAAGGUAUUUAUUUUUUAAUCAAGGGAGAUACACCUAUCAGAUGCUUAAAAUAACAACAUUGCCCACUGAAAUCAGGGCGUAUAGAAUCAUUCAGCUAAAGACUGACUUCUAUGGUGAUGGAACAGGUCUCUAAGCUAGUGGUUUUCAAACUGGUGCACAUUAGACUCACCUGAGGAGUUUUAAAACAGCCUAUAUGCCCAGGGCCUAACUUUUACUAAUUAGAUCUGAAUUUUGGGGAUGUUGUAUAGGGAUUAGUAUUUUUUUUAAUCUAGGUGAUUCCAAUAUUCAGCCAACUGUGAGAAACAAUGGCCUAAAUGCUUUUUAUAAACGUUUUUAUAAGUGUCAAGAUAAUGGCACAUUGACUUUAUUUUUUCAUUGGAAGAAAAUACUUGCCAAGUAUAAAUCACUCUCAUCUUAAAACAAGCUUCUUCAGGUUUCUGCUUGAUUGACUUGGUACAAACUUGAAGCAAGUUGCCGUCUAUUUUUUACUUCAAGAUUGUUUCAUAUCUAUUCCUUAAGUGUGAAGAAAUAUAUAAUGCCUGGGUUGUAAUAAAAUCUUAAUGUUUAAUGACUAUUCUCAUUUCUCAAUGUAAUUUCAUACUAUUUCUCUAUAAAAUGAUAGUGUUCCAUUUAACAUUACUGAUUUUUAUUUAAAACCUUGACAGAAAAUUAUAAAUAUGACUUUAUCCUGGCUAUAAAAUUAUUGGACCAAAUUGAAUUCUUUCUAAGGCAUUUGUAUACUAAAACUUUUAUUGCUUAUAGAUAUGUAAAAUGUGGAUUAUGUUGCAAAUUGAGACUAAAAUUAUUUGGAGUUUUGUAACAAAAAAAAUUAUGAGAAGAAUCUGUUAUAUUAUCCAUAUAUGUACCAUUUCUGUUGCUUUUUAUGUCUGAAGCUUCAAGUUUCCCUCCCAUGUCAUUCUUGUCUGAGAGACUUCCAUUAACAUAUCUUUCAGAGCAGCUCCAUUGACUAAUUCUCUUCAUUUUCUUUCAUCUGAGAAUAUCUUUGUUUCCUUUCCAUUCUUGAAGAUUAUUUGUACUUAGUAUAGAAUUCUGGGUUAACAGUUCUUGUCUUUCAUUCCUUUAAAAAUGUUGUGCCUCUGUGGUUUCUGAUGAGAAAUCUGCAGUCAUUCAGAGGGUUGUUCUCCUAUUUAUAAUGCGGUGAUUUUUCCUUGCUGUAUUCAGGCUUUUUGUCAAAAAUCUUGUCUUUGGUUUUCAGCUGCAUGAUUAUGAUUUGUCUGGGCCUGGAUUUCUUUUAUUUUCUUUUGCUUGGGGUUCCCUGAGUGUCUUAAAUCUAUAAAUUUGUCUUUCACUAAAUUUGGGAAGAUUUCAGCCACCAUUUGUCAAAUUUUCUUUUCCACACCAGACUCUUACUCCUUUCUUGGGACUUUGAUGACACAAAUGUUCAACCUUUUGAAUUCUUUCCCUCAGUUUCCUGAGUCUCUUAAUUUUUUUUCAUUUUUUUUCUCUCCGAUGUUCAAAUUAGAUAAUUUCUAUUGAUUUCUCUUCAAGUCCAAUGACUUUCCUCUGCUAUCUCCAUUCUGCCAUUUAACCCAUCUAAAGAACAUUUUUUACAUUUCAGCUAUUGUAUUUUUCAUCUCUAAAAUUUCCACUUGAUUCUUCUUUGUAUCUUUUGUUUCUUUACUGAGACUUCUGUCUUUUUGUUGUUGUUGUUGUUGUUGUUGUUGUUGUUGUUGAGAUGGAGUCUCGCUCUGUCGCCCAGGCUGGAGUGCAGUGGCACGAUCUCUGCUCACUGAAACCUCCGUCUCCCGGAUUCAAGUGAUUCUUCUGCCUCAGCCUCCUCAAUAGCUGGGAUUACAGGUACAUGCUACCAGGCCCAGUUAAUUUUUGUACUUUUAGGAGAGACAGGGUUUCACCAUGUUGGUCAACCUGGUCUUGAACUCCUGACCUCAGGUGAUCCGCCUGCCUCAGCCUCACAAAGUGUUGGGAUUACAGGUGUGACCCACCGCGCCUGGCCGACUUCUGUCUUUACAUUUGUUUAUUCUUACACCUUGGAGCAUGGUUAUUAUAGCUGCUUUUGUCUGCUUUUGCCAAUAUUUUUGUCGUCUCAGAGUAGCAUAUGUUGUUUUUCUCUUUUCUUGUAGUAAAGGUUUUCCUGGUCAUUUGUGUACCAAGUAAUUUGGAUUGAAUCCUGGACAUUUGGAAUAUUACAGACUCUAUGUCUUAUCAUAAGGAGAAUAUUGAUUUUGUUUGUUUUAUCAGGCAAUCUACAUAGUUAGGUUCAGGCUUCAAGUUCUGACCCUUUUAGGGAUGUGGUUCCAAAGCUGAGUCUGUUUUCAGAGCUUUCACAAUGCUAUUUGGAUCCUUCUAUAGCUUAUGCACCACUCAGUGGCAAGCCUGGGACCUGGAUGGUAGCUAGUCCUAUAGUUCUAUAAUCAAAGCCUUUGGUAUACUGUUUAGGGUUAGAUUCGUGCAUGCACAGCUCAGAGGUGAGCCAGAAGAUCACACCUCACUUUACAGGGUUACUUUCUUGAGCUCCUCCUCUUCACAGUCUUUCUGGUUCUUUAUGCUCCUUUCAGUGUCCUUUGAUCAGAUAACCAGGGCUUUAGUGUCCCUGCUUUGUCUUGUACUUUAUGACUUUAUCUGUGUGGGGGUUAAGUGGUGGGAGGACAGAGAAAAAAAAGCAAUGAGGAUUUGCUCCAAGCCCUUGAGACCACAGCUUCUGUGAGCAGAGAGGAGAAUUCCCCUCCCUCAGAGUUUUAGGAACAUGCCUGGAAGCUGUGGCCACCACUCCUGCCACUGCAGAAUUGCUACCACAUCAUUGAUUUUACUGUUAGUUUUGAAAAACCAAUUUGGUUGAGAUAUAAUUCACAUAUCAUAAUUCACCCACUAAAAGUACAGUUUAUUGAUUUUUAGUAUAUUCGCAGAUACAUGCAACUAUUCGCACAAUUUAAUUUUGGAACACUUCAUUACCCCAAAAAGAAAUUCUUACUCAUUACCGGUGACUUACACACAUGCCUCCCGCUGUAGGCAACCAUUAAUCUAUUUUCUGUCUUUACAGAUUUACCAGGGCAUUUUAUACAAAUGGCAUCAUAUAAUAUAUUAUCUUUUGUGUUUGGCUUCUUUCACUUAAUGUUUUCAAGGUUCAUCCAUGUUGUAGUAAGUACCAGUACUUUCUUCCUUUUCAUUGCUGAAUGAUAUUCAAUUGUAUGGAUAUAUCACAUUGCAUGUAUCUAUUCAUCAGUUGAUGGAUAUUUGGGUUGUUCUACUUUUGGCUAAUAUGAAUAAUGCUGUUACGACAAUUCGUAUACAGAUACGUUUUCAUUUCUCUUUGGUAUAUACCUAGGAGUAGAAUGUCUGGGUCGUAUGGGAAUUCUAUGCUUAACUUUUUGAGGAACUGCUGAACUGUAUUUUGAAGUAGCUGUAUCAUUUUAUGUUCCUACCAGCAGAGUAUAAGAUUUCCAGUUUCUCCACAUCUUUGCUAACGCUUAUUAUUGUCUGUCUGUCUUAUUAUACCCAUCUUAGUGGGUGUGAAGUUAUAUUUCAUUGUGAUUUUGAUUUGCAUUUCCUUAGUGACUAGUGAUAUUGAGUAUCUUUUCAUGUGAUUAUUGACUAGUUUUAUGUAUUCUUUGGAGAAAUAUCUGUUCAAAUCCUUUGUCCAUUUUUAUUGGUUAUUUGUGUUUUUAUUAUUGAGUUGUAUAUAUCCUGUAUACAAGUACCUUAUCAGAUGUACAUUGUGCAAAUAUUUUCUCCCAUUCUGUAGGUUGCCUUUCCACAUUCUUUUUUUUUUUUUUUUUUUUUUUUUUUUUAUUAUACUUUAGGGUUUUAAGGUACACGUGCACAAUGUGCAGGUUUGUUACAUAUGUAUCCAUGUGCCAUGUUGAUUUCCUGCACCCAUUACCUCGUCAUUUAGCAUUAGGUGUAUCUCCUAAUGCUGUCCCUCCCCCCUCCCCCCACCCCACAACAGUCCCCGGAGUGUGAUGUUCCCCUUCCUGUGUCCAUGAGUUCUCAUUGUUCAAUUCCCACCUAUGAGUGAGAACAUGCGGUGUUUGGUUUUUUGUCCUUGCGAUAGUUUACUGAGAAUGAUGUUUUCCAGUUUCAUCCAUGUCCCUAGAAAGGACACGAACUCAUCAUUUUU